UCUCACGCCCGGAAAGCCGGGCCGCGUGUGUCGCCGCCGCCAUGGAGUACAUGACGGGGCCGGCAGCCCCCACCCAGGGCAAUAUCCUCUGCUGCCAGUGCGGCGUGGCCAUCCCGCCCAACCCGGCCAACAUGUGCGUGGGCUGCCUGCGGGCCCAGGUGGACAUCACCGAGGGCAUCCCCAAGCAGGGCACCCUCCACUUCUGCAAGCAGUGCGAAAGGUAUCUUCAGCCUCCAGGAACCUGGAUUCAGUGUACCUUAGAAUCAAGAGAGCUUCUGGCUUUGUGUCUUAAAAAAAUCAAAGCUUCGCUAAGCAAGGUCCGGCUGAUUGACGCAGGCUUUAUUUGGACUGAACCACAUUCUAAGAGGCUGAAGCUGAAACUGACUGUUCAGAAAGAGGUGAUAAAUGGAGCGGUUCUUCAGCAAGUAUUUGUCGUGGAAUAUAUAGUUCAGUCUCAAAUGUGUGAAGACUGUCAUAGGAUUGAAGCUAAGGAUUUCUGGAAAGCUGUAGUGCAAGUCAGGCAAAAGACUCUGCACAAGAAGACUUUCUACUAUUUGGAGCAGCUGAUUUUAAAACACAGGCUUCAUCAAAAUACACUUCGCAUCAAAGAAAUCCAUGAUGGCUUGGAUUUUUAUUAUUCUUCAAAGCAACAGGCCCAGAAGAUGGUUGACUUUCUUCAGUGUACGGUUCCAUCUAGAUCAAAAUCAUCCCAACGUUUGAUCUCACAUGAUAUUCAUAGUAAUGUCUACAAUUACAAAAGCACUUUCUCUGUGGAAAUUGUUCCGAUAUGCAAGGACAAUGUUGUAUGUCUGUCACCAAAACUGGCGCAGAGUCUUGGUAACAUGAGCCAGAUCUGUGUGUGCAUUAGAGUAACAAGUACCAUCCACCUCAUCGAUCCUAGCACUCUCCAGAUUGCUGAAAUUGAUGGAAAUACCUACUGGCGCCACCCUUUCAAUAGCUUGUUCCACCCCAAGCAGCUAGAAGAAUUUAUCAUUAUGGAUAUCAACAGGGUUCAAGAAAAGAAAAAAGGUGCAGGUGCAGGGGCAAGAUCAAACAAGCACACACUGGCUGAAGCCUGGGUACAGAAAACCUCGGAAUUGAAUACAGACCAUCAGUAUUUCUGCUGUACUCACUUGGGGCACAUUCUGAAUCCCGGCGACCUUGUCUUGGGAUUCGACUUGGCAAACUGCAACUUAAAUGAUGAGUUUGCCAAUAAGAUGAAUCCACACCAUAUUCCUGAUGUGAUAUUAAUAAAGAAGAGCUAUGACCGUACCAAACGCCAGCGUCGCAGGAACUGGAAGCUGAAAGAGCUAGAAAGGGACAGAGAAGGCAUGGAUACAGAUGAUGAAAGACAAUACCAGGAUUUCCUUGAAGAUCUUGAAGAAGAUGAAGCCAUAAGGAAGAAUGUCAACAUUUACAGAAAUGCAGAUGUUCCAGUGGAGAGCGACACAGAUGAUGAUGGUCCUCCACGAAUCAGUCUGGCUGAAAUGCUAGAGGAUCUCCAUAUUUCCCAGGAUGCCACUGGUGGGGAGGGAGCAAAUAUGAUGACAGAAUAAAAAUAGUGCAUUAGUCAAUGCAUUAAAUAUUCCCAUAGUGAGGAAAAAGUACCCAAAACACAAGUAAACAUUACAAACUGAUCACAUGAACGUGAAAAGUAAUAUGGUAACUACCACUGUACCCCUUAAUAAUGGUUCUGAAUUCUUAUGUUAUCUAUAAUCUUCUAGAGAAUCAGGAAUUAAAGUCAAAUUUCUGGUGCGAGCAUUGCAAUAUAA